AUUCACUCUCACACACACACACACACGUGCACAUAUGCAGUAUGUUAAGAUAUUAAUCGAAACAAUCAAAUUGAUGCAUGUGGUGUAAAUGUAGGUUUAUAUCCCACGUGCCACCAAAAGAGGGACUUUAAAAUAAAUAUAUUUUUAAAGUAAAAAAAGAAAAGAACUCAUGCACAUAAUUAUAUAUGCAAGUUGUUGAAAUUGGAGAAAACAAAUGUCAGCGCGACGCUUUUGCACACUUCCCCAAUUAGGGCGCACGGAUCGACGUCAGUUUGCUAUAAUAAGUCGAGGCGCGCGCGGUACAGCCGGUUUAGCGCACAGAGGCGCGCGCUUUUUUAAUCACGGGAAAGAGGAGGUGGGGAGGGGGGGUUUAGAAAAGAAAAAAAAGACACAAAACUUUUGGCUCGCUUCAAAGCAGCCUGAGUGUAUCAGCGUGAUGCACCUGCAGCACUGCACUUCGCCAUCGGCCCGGAAUGCGGCCAGCGACUUUCCCGACGACUUGCUCUCCGAGCACCACCCCGCGCCGUCCUCCGGCGCCGCCCCAGGGAACCACCCGGCUCGAACAAAACUCCCCGCCGAGCUGACCGGCGACGAAGACGCAAGAAGCGACCUCGCGCCAGCGCGCGACACCGCCACUGGGUCCGAAGCGCAGCGCACGUUGGAUGGGAGCCACGCGGAAAAGCGACACGCGCCCGAGCCGAGCCGAGCGCGCAUCACCCCCGCCGCCACGCUCUCCACCACGUCCACCGCGACCAUGUUCUCGUACGCGACGCAGCACGGACACGCGCUGCCUCCUUUCUCCAUAACCAAUCCUGGGCACUUUGUGACGCAUCACACAGUCGUUCAAAACGGGCCGUACGACGGGGUGCUGUCCGGUGCGCCUCGACAGAACUACCCGAACACCGGCUAUCCGUACGCACAGGCUUACAGUCAGGCUUACCAGAGCGGCGCGCUGUACCCGCUCUCCCCGGCACACCCGGGACUCAUCGCCGCCAAAGCGCAAGUUUACCUCUGUAACCGCGCGCUCUGGCUAAAAUUUCACCGGCACCAGACCGAGAUGAUCAUCACCAAACAAGGGCGACGCAUGUUUCCGUUCCUGAGCUUCAACAUUUCUGGACUUGACCCGACUGCUCAUUAUAAUAUUUUUGUGGACGUGAUUCUGGCGGAUCCGAACCACUGGCGGUUUCAGGGAGGAAAGUGGGUCCCGUGCGGAAAAGCGGACACGAAUGUAACAGGAAACAGAGUGUACAUGCACCCGGACUCUCCGAACACUGGAGCGCACUGGAUGCGUCAGGAGAUUUCAUUUGGCAAACUGAAGUUAACAAACAACAAAGGCGCGUCAAACAACAGUGGUCAGAUGGUCGUCCUCCAGUCGCUCCAUAAGUACCAGCCCCGAGUGCACUUGGUCGAAGUGAAUGAAGACGGAACCGAGGACUCGAACCGGACAGACCGGGUUCACACCUUCACCUUCCCGGAGACGCAGUUCAUAGCGGUCACUGCGUACCAGAACACGGAUAUCACUCAACUGAAAAUCGACCAUAAUCCGUUCGCUAAAGGAUUCCGGGAUAAUUAUGACACGAUCUACACGGCCUGUGACAGUGACCGCUUGAGCCCGUCCGCUGCAGACUCCCAGCGCGCGCAGCUGGUCUCCUCCCGGUACGCGGCGGCGAGCGCGCUCCUUCACGACCAGUUCGUCGGCCACUACUCGGGUCCCGGAGGGAGCAUGGAGCGCGCGCUCCCGUUCCCCAACAGCCUGGCAUGCUCGGAUCAGACCGAGGACAGAUGGUUCAAUGGCAGAUUAGAUUUCCCCGCCUCGACUUACGAUGCAGCCGAUCUGACCGGCAGUCUGCCCUCGUUGCUCCCGUACCCCAACGCCGCAGGGGUCAAAGGCCCGGCGCUGUCCGCUGCCCCGUCCUCUGGCCGCGCGCUCAGCGCGUACUGCGCCACGCAGGCCGGCUGGGAGUCGCGCGCUGCCGGGGGUCUGCCGAGCUGGAUCACAGAGAGCAGCUUUGAGCGCUCGUACCUGUCCGAAGACGGGAGCGCGGAGAAGGACAACGCCGCACCGGAGGUGUCCGACUCGAGCAAAGACAAGGACGUGACGGAUUUGGGCUGGACAGAAACCCCGUCGUCGGUCAAGUCGGUGGAUUCGGGCGACUCGGGGAUUUUUGAGCAGGCCAAAAGGAAAAGGAUGUCACCACCGGUUCCAGAGGAGCAUUCACCGCUCAAACCGGAGCUCCUCACCGCGGCGCAGGACGGAGCCCGGAAUAUGAACUACUUCACUUUUUAUUCUCCGAGUUAAACAGAGACCACGUGGGACGUGAGACCAAUUCAUAGACUGAUAUUUAUUUAUUUGUUUGUUAGGGAAGGUGGUGGAUGUCGGAGGAAAUGAUCCUGAUCUCAUCCAGCACAUGAAGCCAUUUGAUCUCAAUAACCCUUAUUGACCUUCUGAAGCCAUAACACACACACACACACACACACACACACACACACAAAGGACACAACACAUUACACCACGUGAACGCUCGUAGCCUUUGUGUCAAAUAAUGAAGAAAAAAAACAAAAGCAUAUUAAUAUCAUGCGGUUGAAAGAAAAAUCAGUGUUUCAGUGUAAAUUCAAUUCUGAUUGAAUGUAAUCAGUGUCUAUAGUGUAGACAGAGUAGUUUCAUGGUAAUUAAUCUCAACUUCCCUGGAUAAAAAAUGAAUACAUAAAUCAAUAUAUAUAUAGAUAUACAGUAUAUAGUCUACUUUAUCCUAUUCGAUUAGUCAUAUUAAUUGUAGUUAUUAGACGUCAAUUAAUUUAAACUUAUCCAGUCAAUUGUGGAUGCCAAGUAUUUUAAUUGUUCAUUUACCCCCCAAAAAUACAAAUUGUGCAGGAAAAAAUGAGCCUAAUGUGUAGUAGGUGAUAGGAAAUCCUCCCCUUCAAUGGCGUAGAAGAAAAAAAAAAUCCAGAUGAGUAUUAAAGUGGGUCAUUAUUGAAUUGUGAAUCUCUGAGUGUGCUUUAAACGUGAAUUAAAAACCGAAUUGGUUUUUUUUUUGUC